GAGGAGCAAAAAACCUGCAGACACUCAGCCCUCCGUGGAACGUGUUUGACACAGUGAUAUAAACGAAGUAGGGAGCCCUUGCUCUAAUGAAGCCCUAACAAGACCUCAGACCCGUUGAGCACGGGUUCUCUGGGAAUGUGUUGUCAGGGUGUGUCAAGACUCAACACCUCCACCCUAAUUGCUCCCGCCAAGAUUUCAUUUGACAGACAGUGUCCCUCUCACCUCCAUACCCCUUAAACACUUAAAAGGCAUAAAAAUAAAAAAAACACAACCAACUGGAUAGAACUGGUCUGCAGAAAGCAAGUGCAGCAGAGGAUAAAUACUACAAAGAACAGUGGAAAGACAAGAGCUCAAAGACCAGACUGUUGCCAGUUAUCAGGUGCGUUAUGAUGCUUUUAGAGAUCGUUGCAUUGGAUUUGACAGAUAUUCGGGGAGACCGAUGCGGAUUGCCACUUUACUCUGUAGCCGAAUUGGAAUGCAAUUGAACAUGGAUGGUGGCUAUGGCAGCACGGCAGUGGGCUCUGGGAUGUCGGGCAGUCUGGGCGACUCUGAGACGGUCCCACUGCUAAUCACGGACCCCGAACCAGAGACUCCGAAAUGGCAGCCCAUGUCCAAGGAACAGCUGGAGCUCGAAGCCGGGGGCCCGGGGUGGAGAAAAAUACGCUCCUGCCUGAUGGUGGUCUUCUGGCUGGGUUGGCUGGCCUUGCUGGGCGCCUCUAUCGACAUCAUAGUGCAGAGCCCUCGGCCGGUCGCACCGCCGCUACUGUGGUGGCAGAGGGCGCUGUUUUACCGCAUACAGCCCAUCCUGCUCAUGGACGCCCAGAACGAGGUGCCAGAUGGUAUCGACGUGGUGUGUGAGCAGCUACCAUACCUGAAGUCCCUGGGUGUAAAGGCUCUGCUUCUGGAGGGGCUGUUUCACCAGGACGUGUCCCCACUGGACCUCAGUAAGAUUGCUGAGCGAGUGGGUACAGUGCCUCAGAUCCAACAACUGCUCAUGGAGAGCCACAACGCAGGCAUCAAAGUAGUGUUUGACUUCUGUGAUCUGGACCUGUUCGGACCCAAAGACUCAGUAGGCAACGACUCUGCUGUGCCCUCUGACCUCACUGGCUCAAUACAGUAUGCACUCCGAUUUUGGUUGGAACAGGGUGUGGCAGGAUUUGGGAUCUGUGACACAGAUGCUGCAUAUUCCGAAAAGACCCUGACCGAGUGGAGAGUUCUGGUCAAGGAGUUCAGCACAUCAGAUGAUGAGAGGAUUGUAGUGGUGAAACAAACAGGAGAGUCUCUACCUGCCCUGAAUACCUCUAGCACGUCAGUCAACAGCUCAUUGGUGGAGCUGGUUAUGAUGUCACUACUGCCACACGAGCAGCACCUCCUGUCCGGACAGGAAGUGGCCAUUGCUGUGGAGAGACACCUGUCGACAUCCCACGGCGAACUUUGGCCCAGUUGGACGGUGGGCGGUGAAGCAUCACCGAUGUUGCACAGAAUACUCCUGGUUCUGAUGAUGACACUACCUGGAUCACCUGUUGUCAAAUAUGGAGAAGAAAUAGUUCAUUCGCCGAAUGCGUCUGCAGACAUGAGCUGGGAACGUGAGACAGACAAGACCAUUGGACUGAACCACUCUGUUGGGGAACAGAGGAAGCUCAAACGCUCCGCUUUGGCUCUGUUCAGCUCCCUCAGUGGCUCUCGCCUCAGAGAAGAAUCUCUCCUUUAUGGGAGCUUCACCUUUCUCCCCUUCAACACCACCUCCCUCCUCCCCUACUCCAACUCCACCCUGGCUCCCCCAUCAGCCCCUGUGCUAGCCUUCCUGCGCUCUUGGGGCUGUGUCCACUUCCUGGUGCUGCUCAACCUUGGGCCUGAGGCCCAAGCCCUGGACCCAGCAUGGGCUCCCAGCCUUCCCACUGCUGGGGUGUUUGUGACCAGCACAGGGAUGGACCGCCUGGGCGGCACCUCCCUGGAAACACUGAGGCUCCAGCCAGAGGAGGCCAUAGUCAUCAAACUGUUUGAGUCUGACAGCUACUCCUCCUAGGGCCUGUGGUCUGGGGCAUUAGGCAGAGUGAGAGGGGCUAGGACUGGGUGCAGGGGAGGAUAACUAGGCAGAAAUGGUAACUAUUUAGCCAUCUAUUCCUUAUUUUUUGGUUUGAGGCUAUAUCAAAAUGUCAAAACGUUCUUAAAAUAAUAAAUAAUUAAAUUAAGUUAACCAUGUCACAAACGGCAUUAACUUAAGAGGGUGCCAAAUAUUUGGACUACAAUGCAAACACUUGGCAGAGAAUUUAAAGACUGUGGCUGAGAUUAGUCACCCCUAUUCAAUAUUUUUCCAUCAAUUGGUAUUUUGACCAAUAACAGCAGAUCUUUUGCAGAGCUGAUCUGAUUUGUCAGAAGACCAAUGGGUGACAAAAUAACACAAUUGGGCUGACUGUAUGAACAUGGGCAGUUUACUGUAACCUAUCAUGAGUAACAAACACUUGACUCAACAGUUGAUUUCAAUAUCUUUCACUUGAGAAACAACAUUGUAUGAUGUAUCCUGAGGUAUGUAGCUGGGUAAUGUGGUGAAACGCACAGUAAAUCACUGAAUCAACCACAAUGAUUGGUGGGAAGGUCUCACAUGUUUCUGGUUCUUCCAUUGUACCUUACUGCUUUGAGUGAUUUUAUAUAUUUGUGCCAAAAAGCAAAGCAGUUUGAAACACAACCUAACACAUACACUUCCUUUUUGCUCUAAUCAUCCCUUCCAAUUCUUGUUGUGGAUUUAAAAAAGCUAGAAAUAAAUAUGACGACGCCCCCGAGUUCCCAAUUGUCUUGACAGAACCAAUACAGAACUCGUUUUUGCGUGGAUUCCGAGACGCGGUUAGCUUUAAACAGCUAGUACUGUUAUUUCCUGUCCCGGAAUCCCGUUUAACAGACAGGUUGAACUCUACUUGACAGAGACGCUGAACUGCUAGCCAUCAAGCUAACGAAAUUGGUAACAUAUGAGUUUUGCAAUGGAGCUCUCUUUGGGGAAAUAAAUGAACGUUUCCAGCGCUGUAGGAGCUGUAUCUACUACACUUUGUUUCAGGACAAACCGGAUCACUCGGAAGUUCCAAUACAGAAAUUGUUCACUUGCCGAGGAUUAUAGGCUUGAGGUGGCUUCCUUGAUCACCGAGGUAGCAAGCCUAUGUAAGAAACGGGAAAACCCCGAGUGGGACGCUAUUCCACAUCAAGUAAUUCAUGCAAGCAGUAAAAUGAGAUUUAAAAAAAAUAUAACACCUCAUGGAAGGGGACUGUGAAGCAACACCAACAUAGGCACACGCAUACACACACACACAUGGGUUUUGUACUGUAGAUAUGUGGUAGUUGUGGAGUAGGGGGCCGGAGGGCAAACGGUGUGUUGUGACAUCUGAAUUAUUGUAAUGUCUUUAAACUUGUAUAAACUGCCUUAAUUUGGCUGGACCUCAGCAAAGAGUAGCUGCUGCCUUGAAGUCUUUUACUGUGUUUGGUGUGAGUUGGUCAGCCACAGGGGGGUGCUAUUGCA